AUGGAAAUCUCUAAGUGUCUAUCUGUUCCUUCACCGUCCAGUCCUGUCCUGGCCUCUGUUUGGUCUUCCCCCUUCCCUCUUGUAUAUCUAGAUUGCCAGCUACCUUCUUCUGUCCCUACUUACCUACACAAAUACACUCCCAGUUGGAGACAUCACUUACAUAUGAAAGAUUUCUCCUAUUGGUUCAUCAUUUAUUUUUUUCAUUUUUUUCCUUUCUUUUGUUUCACUCUCUCUCUACCGCCGUCUGUCCCUCUUCCCUCCGUCUGUCUCUCCUCCCUCCAUCUGUCACUCCUCCCACCGUCGCUCCCUCCUCCCUCCGUCUCUCCCUCCUCCCUCCGUCUGUCCAUGCUCCCACCGUCUCUCCCUCCUCCCUCCGUCUCUCCCUUCUCCAUCCGUCUGUCACUCCUCCCUCCGUCUCUCCCUCCUCCCUCCGUCUCUCCCUUCUCCCUCCGUCUGUCACUCCUCCUCCGUCUCCCUCCCUCCCUCCGUCUCUCCCUUCUCCUCCCUCUCCCCUCCUCCCUCCGUCUCUACCUUCUCCCUCCGUCUGUUACUCCUCCCUCCGUCUCUCCCUUCUCCCUCCGUCUGUUACUCCUCCCUCAGUCUCUCCCUUCUCCAUCCGUCUGUCACUCCUCCCUCCGUCUCUCCCCCCUCCCUCCGUCUCUCCCUCCUCCUCCAAUUUCUCUUUCUUGCCCAAUUUCUUCUUUUUCAAAUGGUUAUACCAUUUCUUUCUUUAUUCCUUUCUUUGAACCUACGUUUACAUUUCCUUUCUACCAUCUAUAUUUUCUUCCUUGCUUCCUUCUCAUUUAUUCCCAGCCUGUCUGUCUAUUUCAUCCAUUCGCCUCUAUUAUCACAUUUAUCCUUUCUUCUUCUUCACUUCUCUGA